AUGAAUGUCAACAACUCCCUACGGCCGCUGGGCGCCUUGACUGCUCAGCUGGGCCGGCUGUCCGUGGGACUGUCGAGAACAACCAUCCGGGCAGCGUCGACGAUCGAGACGAGCCCCAAUGCCGUCGAGGUGGAUGCAAAGGAGGCAGAGAAGAAGGCCAGAAAAGCAGCAAAGAAGGCAGAAAAGAAGCAGAAACCGAGGAUAGAGCCCAACUUUGAGCCCGGGCAUGGAGAGAAGAUUUGGUUGUUCAGCCACUUGGUUGAUGGGCUGACGGUGUAUUCGCACAGUCCCGUGUUGAAGGCCAACAAAGCCCUGCGCCAACUACCCUUCAACGGAAAGAAGCUGAAGCCUUCCAAGAUGCGAAAGGACUACUGGCGACCAAUGGCCUUGAUUCAAUUCCCCGAAGGCAUGGGCCACAUCGGACGAUCCGUCUUUCACAUCAUGCGCGAAUUCCGCAUGCAGCACGACCUGGCCUGGUCCGACAAGUAUCUCGUGCAUGCGAAAUCACACCGCACCCUUACCCGUCUGGAGCGCGGCGAGAGGCUGAACACUGCCCAAAAACCCAACGCCAUUGCCGACAUGGCCGCCGUGCUUGGAGGCUUGGGCAGGGGCAAUAAGAUGUGGCUUCCCGUGGUUGAGGGCGUGACAGACCUGGUCGAGACGAGUGGUGCUACGAGGACAAACGAGGAGUCGGGCAGUACCGAAGCUCUGCUGAGGACGACCGUUUUCUGGGCCGACAAGCUGGACAAGAAUUUUGCUCAAGAGUGGCCAGCCAACGUAUCACACUAUGAGCUCAGCGAGGCCGUCGGCGUACCAGUCACCGGGACAGAGGAGGUCACAGAAAUAGCACCCGAGGAAUUGCUCGCAUCAGAAGAGCAGCCAAAGAAGAAGUCAUGGUUUGGCGCAUAA